ACAUCAACGACACCUUGAGAAAUCGAGUCGUUCACUCAUUUUUGCAAUGAUCACCACGUCGUUGACCAGCUUUACCGUCUUAUUCCUCGUUGUCCUGGCCGUAGGAGCUCAUCUGUGGCUCCGUUCCCGUCAGAGAUGUACCACCUCAUCGCUGUCUGUCGAUGGGAAAACACCCUUCCUUCACGGCAGCACCGGCGAUCAACAAAAUGAGAAAACGGACGAGGCAACCAUUGUUCCCUUACCGGACUUUGACUGGCAAAAGACUGAGCCGCUGAAUCUUCGACCCUUCAAGCCCAAAUACCACAUCACCAUGGGCCUGCAAACCAGCACCCCCUCGGACCUCAUCCUAAUGGACCGCAACUACCUCUCCCGUAUCCAAUCCCGCCAAAAGAUCCUGUCCCUUCACGCCUCCGAAGUCAUGGGCGUUUUGCCCGAAGGUCAGGCCGCUGUCAAGGAGCUAUACACGUACCUGCUAGGCGAAUACCUCCCCAUCCGGUAUCCGACCAUGUUCCGCAUAGUAUCUCCCUAUCCCGGUUGCCCCGACACGACUUUCCAAAACUUGAUCACCGACUCUUCCUCCCCCCUGUCCCCGCCUCCCUCCGACCCCCUCGACUGUUUGAGGGUGAUAGCCCAAACCGUAGAAGACGAUUUCUUCCUCUUGCUUCCCUUCCCGAAACCCAACUCUUCCACCAGCGAGAUGGAGCACAAGUGCGUCGCCUUCAUGAACCUGCACCCUUCGGGCUUUUCUCCUUCCUCCAAACUCGGUCUCCCCCUUUCGCAAAUCCACGCCCCCGUACCCUCCUACGAAAAAAUCGGGCCGUCAAUGGAACGCUUCUUCGCCCGUUUGUCCUGCGAUAAGCUCGUCAAGAGGAUGAACUGGGCUAUGCAGUUGCAUCCGGACCUCUAUUGUCCGGGCGGCAACCACGUGCAUCAGGAGGACUUGGAGACAUUGGAAGAGGUGACGGAGUUUGGGGACGAAGAGGCGGAGAAGGCGAGAUUGAGGGUUGAGUUGCAGGGGGUCUGGAGACUGAGAAAGACGGAGGCGGUGGUUUUUGGGUUCAAGACUUAUAUGUAUGGGCUUAGGGAGGUGAAAGGAGAGGUUCUGGAAAUGGAGGAUGGAGGAACGAUGAAGACGGGCGAAGCAUUGGCGCAGGCGAUUGAGGGAUUGGGAGAGGGGAAUGCGCCAGGGAUGUGGACGUAUAAGGGGGCUGUGAGGUGGGGAGCGGCGGUGGCUCGGUGGUUGAGGAGUUGAUGGGAAGGAACUGAAGGCCUGUUGAAGAAGUUGCAAUGCUUUGGUGUCUGUCGGCUUACCUUGAUGAGGAAAGAGAGAUGAUGGAGAGGGGAGCAACGGAUGUAGGACGACCGAGGCGGCCAUGACCCGAUGUCGGAGGACGGAGAGGUCGGGGUUCAGCAUUUUCAUCCGGAUUACAACAAAUUGAUAAUCCAUGAAUAACACUACCGGUGUUAGCUAAGGUAGUCGUCAGCUUCCCCGUCCCAGCAGUCAUCAAUUGAAGAACAAGGGGACAUCGUUUUCCCUCUACACUUCUUAACCCCGAACUAUCCCCCGAUUGGAGAGACUCGUCUUGGUAACGGGGCUGGACGACAAACGGUCAAGACGGCGCUAGGAGAUGUCGGCCAAUCACCACCGACCGCCCCGUGUUGGCCGGGGUUGACAUCUCCGAGAUGAUCUGAUAACAGCUCGGAGUUAACCAGGACACCAUUUCUUGGCGUUGUAUCCUUAUAAGUCGACUGAUU